AUGCUGACCGCACAGCUAGCGAGAAUCCGAGAAGCUCUCGACGAUCAUGACUUUGUGUUCAUCGACGGCACUAUAGACACAGUACCCGCUGAAGGAGCUCCCACUGUUACCGAUGAAUUCUACGGGUACUUUGAGAAAGAGGUGAACGUGAACAACAGCCAAGAGCUGGUGGUCAACAUGAUACAAUUUGUUGAGACUAAUGGCCCGUUUGAUGCUGUUAUGGGUUUCUCUGAGGGAGGGAUCAUUGCGGCUAUGCUUCUGAUUGAAGACUCUAGACAGUCUUUCGCUGGAUUCAAAUGUGGCAUCUUCUUCAGUGCCGCCCCUCCUCUGGAUCCAGAUGUGGUCCGCGGUGGGAUCCUUCGGUGCGUCGAUCCGGACAACGACGGGGUUCUGAUUCAAGUGCCAACAGCCCACAUCGUGCGCUGGAAGAGAACAAUUAUGGGCUCCAACGCUGAGGCAUCACUUCCCGAGGCAGGGCUCGGUUUCCAAGCAGUCGAUGACAUCGCCAUUGUUGGGUACUCUUUUAAGCUGCCCCGGGGUAUAGAUGAUGAUUUCAAGUUUUGGGAAGUUCUUCAGGACCGUCGAAACCUUUCCACAGAAUGGCCCACAUCCCGUAUCAACAUCGAUUCGUUCCUGAAUGGCAAGAGCCAUACCUUCAAUGGCUGCCGUGGCCACUUCAUCGACGAAGAUGUGGCUGGCUUUGACGCUCCUUUCUUCUCUGUCACCUCAAAAGAGGCCAAGUCCAUGGACCCAAUGCAGCGAUGGACACUCGAGGCAUCUUAUAGGGCUUUUGAGAAAGCGGGAAUUCCAGUUGAGAGUCUGAAAGGCUCCCGUACUGCAGUAUUCUCUGCCUCUAUGCUGGAAGACUACAUGAGAAUGUCAGCCAUGGACCCUGACAAUGCAGAAAGGACGGCAGUCACCGGUUGUACGGUUGCGUGUGUAAUACCGAAUCGUAUCAGCUGGUAUUUUGAUUUGCAAGGCCCUAGCAUACACUGCAACACGGCGUGCUCAAGCAGUCUGUCAGCUGUUGAUAUGGCUUGCAAAAGUAUCAAGUCAGGAGACGCGACCUGUAAGUUUCUGUCUCCCGAUGGUUUGUGUUACAGCUUCGAUCACCGUGCGAACGGCUACGCAAGAGGAGAGGGCAUCAUCGCGCUUGUGCUCAAGCCUGUAACUUCCGCUGUCCAGGAUGGUGACAUGAUCAGAGCAGUCAUCAGGUCGAUCGGCUCGAAUCAGGAUGGACGCAGCCCAGUGUUGACCCAACCAAGCCCCCAAGCACAGGAGGAUCUGAUACGAACCGGUACGCCAGUGGGUGAUCCGAUUGAGAUGAAGGCCAUAGGCCGAGUCUUCCGGAAGGCUCGGUCAGCCGAGAGGCCCCUUUAUGUUGGAUCCGUUAAAGCAAACAUUGGUCACCUAGAAGGAGCUAGUGCUCUGGCCAGUAUAAUUAAGUCCAUUUUAAUCCUAGAAAAGGGCGUGAUUCCGCCAAAUGCACUUUUUGAAAAAAUAAACCCUGAUAUUGAUGUUGACUUCUAUCAUACCGAGGUCCCAACUGAGUGUGUCGUCUGGCCGGCGUCUGGGCUGCGCCGCGUGUCUGUCAAUUCAUUCGGCUUUGGGGGCUCCAAUACGCACGUCGUCCUUGACGACGCGUAUCACUACCUGCGGGAACGCCGUCUUCCAGGACAUCACUGUACCUCUCCCACCCCUGGAGCCUCGGGUGCCAAGGCCAUAGCCAAUGGCAAUGGCACAAUUUCUACUGACACUGUGGUUAAUGGCAAUGGAACGGCCCACCCCCUCAACGGGUCGUCAGGAGGUCAAAUUGUAAAUAGUACAAAUGGCUUUACGAAGAAAAAGCUUUUGAACGGACAGGGAGCGGCACGGGCGAUCAGUAACCUACCCAAAAUGAUCGUUUGGACUGCCGCUGAUGAGAACGCCGUCAAGCGAACGGUGGGCGUAUAUCAAAAUUACUACCAGGACCGAGUGUCAGGGCACCCCGAGAAGCUUGACCGACUGGCUCAGACCCUUGCUUCUCGCCGGAGCCAGAUGCUGUGGCGGACAUUUGCCCUUGUCGCAGAUGGACUGGAAAUCCAGGGAGACAAAACUCUCUCCCCCGCCAAACCAGUUCGAAGCUCAACAGAGGCUGGUUUAGCCUUCGUCUUCACUGGACAAGGUGCUCAAUAUGCUGGUAUGGGUUUCGACCUCAUCGAAUACCCUGUCUUUGCUGAAGCUUUACAACGUAUCGAUAAUAUAUAUGCUACUUUAGGAUGCACAUGGUCCAUAUUUGAUGAAUUGCGUCGUAGCGAAAACAUCAACAAGCCUGAAUAUGCACAGCCAUUAUCCACGGCCAUACAGUUAGCCCUGAUCAAGCUUUUGAAGAGCUUUGGGGUUAAUCCUAAAGCCGUGAUAGGACACUCUUCGGGAGAAAUUGCUGCGGCAUACGCCACUGGCGCGCUGUCUUUAAUUUCCGCCUGCAAAGUCUCAUAUCACCGAGGGCGACUUGCUGGAAAGCUUAGAAGCGCAAACUCCGCCUCUCCGGGUGCCAUGAUAUCCAUCAAUCUCGCAGAAGGUCAAGUUUCCGCUUUCUUAGAAAGUGUGGAGGCCACAGAUGUCUGCGUAGCUUGCAUUAACAGCCCAUUGAACUGUACCCUGUCCGGCCCUGAAGCAUCCAUCGACACAGUCAAGGCUCAAGCCGACAAGAUUGGCAAUUUUGCACAAAAGCUCAAGACUGGUGUAGCAUACCAUUCGCCGUCGAUGCUGGCCAUAGCCGACGAGUAUUUGUCAUUUAUGGGAAAUCUCGAGGGUGCCGGAAUGCAGGACGCGAAGACGAAGGCUGCGAUCCCAAUGGUGUCGUCUGUCACUGGGAAGACAAUCCGCCCGGCAGAGCUGGCCAAGGGCCAGUACUGGGUAGACAACAUGGUAUCUCCAGUGCGCUUCGCUGAUGCGGUCCAGGUCGUGACGCAGGAGUCAGCCAAGCUCAAAGUUGGUCUAGGUACCAUCACCGACCUUGUCGAGAUUGGCCCGCACCCAGCUCUGCGGCGACCUAUUUCAGACACUAUCAGCCAGGAGGGCAACCGCAAGAAGCAAAUACGAUAUGCGAGUGUGCUUCACCGGUCACAACCCCCCAUCCAGACCACGCUCGAGCUUGUGGGUCAGUUGUUCUGCUACGGACAUAGUGUAUCGGUCUCGGCGGUCAACCAGCACCCAGCGGAGGAAAAGCCUGCGUUUCUGGUUGACUGUCCCGAAUAUCCAUUUGAUCACUGCAACAAGUAUUGGGCAGAAUCACGAAUCUCCCGCGACUACAGGCUUCGAGGUACAGUGAGAGGAGAGACGCUGGGUGUCCGCGUCUCGGACUGGAAUGAGCUCGAGCCUCGGUGGAGGAACUUCUUGAGCAUCGACUCCAUUCCAUUCCUUGGCCACCAUAUGAUCAGUGACACCGUCGUCUACCCGGCUGCAGGAACAGUCAUCAUGGCAAUUGAGGCUGUCCAGCAAAUGGUGCCAGCCGAUCGCGUCGUCGCAGGCUACUUUGUGAAAGAAGCGACAUUCAUCAGUCCCAUUAUCAUACACGGGGGUUGGGAAGACCGCACAGAGACGUCACUCACCUUGCGGCCGGUAGGUCAGCAGAGUGAGGAAUCGACCCAGUUCGAGACAGUUAUAUUUUCGUAUCGUAACGGCCAAUGGACGGAAUGUUCUCGCGCUACGAUCAAGGUCGACUUUGCUGGGUCGGAGGCAGCGGGUGACAUUCAGGAUGAGAGACGACUGGCAGAGGACGAAGUGCGAAGAUGUCAUGAGUUGGUGACAAAGUGUUGUGACAAGCCUGUGGACUCAAACGUUCAUUACAGCCACGCUUCUGAGCAGGGACUGCAGUACGGUGAUUGGUUCUCUAUCCUGCAGGACGUCCGUUGGGACAAUAAGCUGAACGCGGUGGGACGCGUCGACGUAUCCAAGGGGAGGUACCAGACCAGCAGCUUGGUACAUCCUGCCGUCCUUGACACAGCUUUCCACAUCCUACGGGUGAGCGCCGGCUCCCAGCCUGCAGCCAACGUGCCCGUUCGCCUGGAGAAUGCCUGGUUUGCAUCGUCUGGGUGGCAGCAUCCGCAGACGAAUUUUGUGCAAUGGCUGGCUACUUCUCACUUAGCUACGAGUGGAGAAGUGGGCCGCGGCGAGCAGGGAAAGCUACAUGCUCUGUCGGACGAUGGCAAAAUCCUGUGUACUAUCCAGAAGGCUGUGACGGCUGCCGUCACCACGGGCGGUCAAGAAAAAGAGAAGAAGCUGCUGUAUGGUGUUGAGUGGAAGCCACAGCUGAGCCUGCUCGAGCCCAAGCAGCUCUCAGCGGCCUGUCGUGCGGACUCUUACACAAGAGAUGAGUCUGUCGUCCUGGCGAACCAUGCCAAGAUGUGCUCUGCGUUGGACCUUGCAGCUGCCCGUACACUCAAGGACGUUAACCACGCCAAAGUUCCCGAGGGCUUGAUCAAGCACGUUGAGUGGAUGCAACACCAUGUCAGCACCAACAUGUCGGCUGAGGCACGGCAAGAAGCAGAGACGCUCAGUGAGGCUGAAGUUGCGGCUCGACUUUCUGAAGUCGACAACGUGCUGCCAGCAUGGAAGCUCUACACCGAGUGUGCGAGGAAACUCCCAGAGAUGCUGGCCGGUGACCUUGACCCGCUCCAAGUCGUCUUUGGCUCGGAUCUCGCAAGUAUCUUCUACGAGGACCUGUUUCUCAAUUUGUGCUCUGAUGGGCGGCUCGGCAGCCUGCUGGAUCUGGCCUCGCACGAAAACCCCGGGCUAAGGUUUUUGGAGGUCGGUGCAGGUACCGGUGGUAUGACGGGCCACAUCAUUAAGGCUCUCCAAGAGCGCGAGGCUCGUACAGGAUCACCCAGCUUCUCUGAGUAUACCUACACAGAUAUCUCGCCUGCCUUUUUCGAGCGUGCUAAGGGUCGCUGGCCUGACCUGCAGGACCGCAUGACUUUCAAGACGCUCGACCUGGACCGUUCUAUCGGCAGUCAAGGCUUUGAGACCGGCUCGUAUGAUUACAUCGUCGCCGCUAGUGUGCUACAUGCUACGCCGCAUUUGGAGGAGAACAUCCGGAGUAUAAGCAAGGCGCUGAAGCCAGGUGGCCGCCUCAUUUUGCUCGAGGUGAUCAACCCUGAUGAUAUUGCUACUAACUUUAUGGCUGGCCUUGUUCCGGGCUGGUGGGUGGCUCGCGAAGAAUGGCGACCUCAUUCUGCCGCUAUCCCUGAGGGUUUGUGGGAUAAGUGUCUGCGAAAAAAUGGCUUCUCUGGAAAUGAUGUUGUAAUUCGAGAUUACAAAAAUGAUAAGUGCCACAUCAUGAGCAUCAUUGUGUCCACGGCUGCAGGACAGCCUUCAGACACACAAGGAAAGCCGGCGAAAUCCGGCAAGGUCGUUUUCGUUGUCGAUAAUCAAGAGCAAGGACAACAACAAGAGUUGGUGGACUCGAUUUGCAGCGAGUUUGACCUCGGAGAAGAGCAGCAAGCGACCUUUUGCUCCUUCACCCUAGAUGGUUUGGAGAAGACGCUCGUUCAUUUAUCCGAACACAACACUGUUGUUUGUCUCGCAGAGUCCAACAAGCCUCUUCUAGCCAAUAUGACCGAAGAGAAGCUCAAGAGUCUCCAAUACCUUAUCAAGAAUACGCAGAAUCUCCUCUGGGUCACAACCACGAAUACUGAGGAUCCACAGUACCCCGACUACAGCAUCAUGCAGGGCUUCUUCCGCUCCAUCCGUGCUGAGCAACCCGAGAGCCAUAUUGUAACGCUCGCCAUCGAGGGGGAUCCCGACUCUGCAACUUGCGUGAGCUUUAUCCAAAAGGUUUUCCAGAGUGCCUUCGGCCGACAGCGCUCGGAAGAGCUGGAGUAUGUUGUCAAUGACGGGCUCCUCACCACUGGGCGGGCUAUUGAAGACGUUCCCGGGAAUGCAUCGCUGCGGUCACUGCUAUCCCGGCAAUUGCAGCGCAAGCCAUGGCCUGAAGGGCUGGCUCUGCAGCUGUCUGUUGGCACUUUGAGCAGCCUUGAUACCUUACGAUUCGUACAGGAUGCUUCCCAUGAGGCUGAACUCGGCCCUCUUGAAGUCGAGAUCGAUGCCAAAGCCUGGGGUCUUGUUCCUCAAGACGUGCAGAUCGCAAUGGGACGUCGAGAUCGUGAGGAUGGCUUAAUGGGUAGCGAUUGCGCGGGCGUCGUUACGAGUAUUGGAAAUGACUGUGAUGCAUCAAUAAAGCCGGGCGACCGUGUCUGGAUGAUGGCAGCAGGCUGUACCCGGCAGUUUCCUCGCGCCGAUAUUAUAAGCGUUUUCAGAAUCCCAGACACCUUGACGUUUGAGGCUAUGACAUCUAUCUGCAUCCCAGCAAUGACGGCCUACCAAGCUCUCGUCGAGAUCGGCAGGCUAGAGGAAGGUGAUAGGGUCCUGAUUCACUCUGCUGCUGAUAUUCUUGGGCAAGCAGCAGUCCAGCUCGCGACCACCCAGGGCGCGGAGAUUUAUGCUACAGCCUCAACUCCGGAAAAGAGACGAUUCCUGAAAGAAAGGCUCAGCAUUCCGAGUGAUCACAUCUUCUCCAGCGAAACGAUCUCGUUCGCUCAAGGCGUGAUGCGUGCCACGGGAGGAGAGGGGGUCGAAGUCGUCUACAACUCACUAACUGGAGACGAUGCGCUGCGGGCAUCGUGUGAGUGCACAGCCCGUAACGGACGAUUCGUCCAGAUCGACCGCGCCAAUUUCAACGCCAAUGCAACCUUGCCGAUGGCGGUUUUGGCUAGGAAUGUCUCGUUUUCAGCUGUUGAUGUAAUGGAGUUGAGCCCAAAGGUUGCUACCAGAUUAUUCAAGAAGACUGUACAGUUAUUGGAGGAAGGAACGAUCCAGCUACUCCAGCCCCUCAACGUCUUUGGUGCAUCUGAGAUUAAGGAGGCUUUCAAGCAAUUGCAGAGUGGUGACAGCUUAGGACGUGUUAUCGUUACUCCAAAACCCGAGGAUGUUGUUCCGCAAUUUGUCCAGGAGCGUCGAUCAUGGAUGUUUGACGAGAAUGCAUCGUAUCUAAUCGCCGGAGGAUCUGGUGGUCUGGGCCGAGCAAUUUUGAAUUGGAUGGCUGAUCGAGGAGCAAAGCAUCUUAUUGUGCCUUCUCGAUCAGGCGCCUCGUCUCAGGCCGCCGCCGACAUGGUCGCCCAACUGCAAGCACGCGGUGUCAACGUCGUUGCACCCAAGUGUGACGUAUCUGAUGCAGCAAGCCUCGGCAGCCUUCUGGACGAGUGCUCCAAGACUCUGCCACCGAUCAAGGGCUGCAUCAAUGGAGCUAUGGUACUCCAAGAUGCGAUCAUGGCGAACAUGGCGUUUGCCCAAUGGGACCUCACAAUGAAGUCCAAGGUACGGACAUCGUGGAACCUGCACCGACUUCUUCCGCAGGACAUGGAUUUCUUCAUCCUCCUCGCAUCCCUCGCUGGCGUAGCCGGACAGAUGGCCUCCGCCAACUACGCAGGCGGCUGCACAUUCCAGGAUGCACUGGCGCGCUACCGUAUUGCCCAGGGCCAACGAGCUAUCUCAUUAGAUAUCGGAUGGAUGCGCAACGUAGGCAUCAUCGCCGAGAACUCGGGCUACCAGCGCCAGCGGCAGUCGCUGAAUGACAUGAACCCGAUCGACGACACCGAGCUGCUCGCCGUCCUGGCCCUGGUCUGCGACCCGGAGAACCCGCUUCCGAUGCCGAAGUCACCCCGGGCGCCGGGUCAGGUCCUGUUCGGCCUGCGCACGCCCGUCGAGAACAUGCUCCAAGGCCUCGGUUCGCCGGCGGUGCUGGACCAGCCGCUGUUUGCGGGCUUCUCGUACAUCCCUGGCGGAGGCUCGCAUGGAGCAGCAGCAGGCCAGUCGUCGUCGGCGGCAGCGGACCAGGGCGCGGGGGCGCUGUUCCGACAGGCGGGCGACUCGGGGGAGAGGGUGCAGAUCGUGCUGCAGGCGAUGUCUGCGAAGCUGGCGAGGGCCAUGUCUAUCCCGCCCGAGGACGUGGAGCCGGGCAAGCCGCUCUCGGCCUACGGCGUGGACUCGCUCAUGGCUGUGGAGCUGAGGAACUGGAUCGGGCGGGAAUUCGGUGCCGCGGUGGCGGUGUUUGAUAUUAUGGGCGGUGUGCCCAUUGCUAGUGUUGCUGACCUGGUCACUGCGAGGAGUGGAGUGGUGGAUAGGAAGAGCUAG